AACUUGGCUGGGGUGAUAGACGGCUGGCAUAAAUCUGGAUGGUGAAAUGCCACAAAACAGUUCCAUGCAUGAUGGCUACAGAUCUCACGGAAUGCGACGAAAACUUUUGCCGCAUGUGAUGCCAGGAUUAUACCGUCUUCACAUUCGUGCCAGUAGCAAGUACACACUCGGUACGUUGGAGUGACCUCUUGUUAAUUUAACGUACGUAAUACAGUUCUUCACCAUUUUAUUUUUUUAUAAUUUUGUGCUCUGAAAAAUGUUACAAAGUGCAGUUAAAUCUGUAGUUCUAGCUUCGUGCUAUCCAUUCGCUGCAGACUUCCAGUUGCAGAUGUACGAGUAAAACUGAAGUCACAGUCAGCCAGGUGCACACUGAAAUCUGCCCAUUCUGCACUGCUGAGUUUUUGUUGUACAAGUUAACAAGAACCAAGUGUCGUGGGUUAUGCAGCCUUUUCCCAUGCUGCGGUUUGUUUUUAAUCUUUUUUUUCUGUGAUCUGAUCUGACAUGCUAUAAGCAUCUGCCCAUGAAGAUGAGCUCUGGACGGCGAUAUGCAGUUGAUACUAGCGCAUCUUCCAACGCGCGCAGAAUCGCCCUGCUGCUUGCAGCUGGCUGUGGCGCUACCGUCAUGUGGCUACGAAGACCGUAUCCUUUUGGUUUCGUUCCCUGCGACACGUGGAGAAUUCGUCUUCUCUGUUUAAGGAGUGAUCUAUACUUCUUACUGGCACGAUCCGCUGCAUUGCUGCGCUUUGGGAGCACUGUGGACAUUGUUCGGAAGCUUUACUCCUUUGCUAUUCCUCGCCAGCUUACCGAUCCUGAUUCGCAGAUUAUCUGUGAAACAAUCAGGAUUUCGGAAAUUGAAGUUCUUAUAUAUAGACGGAUUUCGUGGAUAACAGAUGAGAACGAGGAUCACGAACCCGUGAGACCGUGUCUGGUUUACCUGCAUGGUGGAGGAUGGGUGUAUGGGACUGCGGCCGAGCGCCAUUAUCAUUCACUGCAUUUUGUACGGGAAUUGGACUGCGUGGUUGCUUGUGUGGCGUAUCGUAAAGCUCCCGAGUUCCCUUUCCCUACGCCCAUGUUGGAUUGUUUUUCUGCCACAAAAUACAUUUACGAACACAGUGACGCGUUUGGUGUGGACCGAUCUCACAUCAGCAUUUGCGGCGACAGUGCCGGUGGAAAUCUUGCCACCUGUGUGGCCCUCAAACUCCGCGACGAAGGAUUGAGAUUUCUCCGCAACGAAGUUUUAAUUUAUCCUUCCGUACAGUUUAUUAAUUUUCGAUUAAACUCCUUCAUGAUUGAUUAUCCGUUAUUAUCGCGAAGCGAUACGGUGUGGUGUGCACUGAUGUAUUCCGGGCAGCCCAUCGAGUUAUCCGAAGCAGUGAUGGAAAAUGAGCAUGUGACGGAGGAUCUUUACGAUAAUCCAGGAUAUUUGAUAUUACAGAAAUUUGAACGUCCGGAGGCACAUGGCAGCAAAGCACUGGUUAAAAGGAACGUGUUGCAAAAAUUUAGCAGUAUGGCGAAAAAUCAUUACUUGUGUCCACUGAUGGCACGCAGUUUAAAAGGCCUACCGGCAACAUGCAUAAUUGCCUGUGAAUAUGAUGUGCUCCUCGAUGAGAAUCUGGCAUACGCGGAACGUUUGUUGGCUGAUGGAGUGGACACGACGAUUGUUAAGGUUCCGGGAUACCAUGGUGCUUUUCGGGAUUUCCGGUUUACAGAGUGCGGACAGAUGAUUAUGCAGAAAGUUGUGAAGUGGUUACUGCCUCGUCUGUGAUACUGUUUAUUGUUGGUGGGUGCUUAGUGCUGUUUGUGUUAUUCACCGAGAAUAAUGAGACACGCGCGUUUUAUCGGGUUUUAUUUGUAAACACAAAUAUGAAAUAAAAAAGUGUGCUGCAGUUAAUGGAGCACUGCAUGAUAUAAUUACAGACUAGU